AUGUUGGUUUUGGUACCCUUUAUUUCUUUGGUGGCUGCGGUCGCGGCGUUGCAGAACCCGCAUCGCAAAGCUGCAACCUUCAGACAGCCUGCAGAUGGUCUGCGCAAAAGAGACGUUUCGACUGCUCCGACUGAGCACAAGUAUCUGAACGAGAAGACGGAGAAAUUCCAAGUGAAUGGAACUCACUUCCCCCGAGUUCCUUUUGACAUUGGCGAAAGCUAUGCCGGACUUUUGGAGAAUACCCCUCAUGGAAAGUCAAGCUUGUUCUUCUGGUUCUUCCCAUCUACCAACCCUGCUGCGGAAAAGGAGAUUACCAUCUGGCUGAAUGGAGGCCCCGGAUGCAGCUCGCUUGACGGUCUGUUACAAGAGAACGGUCCCUUCUUGUGGCAAUCCGGCGUGUACGAGCCGGUGCGCAACCCCUACUCAUGGACCAAAUUGACAAACCUGGUCUACGUCGACCAGCCUGCCAGCACUGGCUUUUCUCCCGGCCCAGCCGAUGUUGAAAACGAGAUCGAAAUCUCAAAUCAAUUCAAUGACUUCUGGGAGCGCUUCAUUGAAACCUUCAGCAUGCAAGGCUACAAGAUUUAUAUCACCGGAGAGAGCUAUGCUGGUCAAUACAUUCCCUAUCUGGCAGACGGGAUGUUGAAGCGCAAUGAUACGACGACCUUUAACCUUAAGGGUAUCCAGAUUAACGACCCGUCCAUUAAUGAAGAUUCCGUCAUGAUCUAUGCCCCGGCCGUGGCCGCGCUGAACCACUACUCCACCGUGUUCGCCCUGAACGAGACUUUCAUGGAAGAAAUCAACCACCGGGCCGACGAAUGCGGCUAUACCCAAUUCCUCAACGAAGCCCUGACCUACCCCCCACCGAAGAAUUUCCCAACCGUACCAGACCCUAACAAGCCGGGCUGCGACGUCUGGGACCAAAUCGUCACAGCAGCAACCUACAUCAACCCCUGCUUCAACAUGUACCACCUCACCGACUUCUGUCCCUUCCUCUGGGAUGAGAUGGGUUUCCCAUCAUUAGCCGGCGGACCUAACAACUACUUCAACGACUCCGCCGUCCAAAAAGCCCUCCACGUCCCGCCAACAAACUACCAAGUCUGCGGCGGUGACAUCUUCACCAACGGCGAUCUUUCACCCCCCAGCGCGCUCGGCCCACUCCCCAGCGUGAUCGAGCGCACGAACAACGUGCUCAUCGGCCAUGGCUGGUUCGAUUACCUGCUCUUCGCGAAUGGAACACUCGCUACGAUCCAGAACAUGACUUGGAAUGGUGCGCAGGGUUUCCAGAAACAACCUACCGGACCCCUGUUUGUGCCGUAUACGUCCGAUCUGGACAAAAUUGCGAAUGGGGAUACUUCGACACCUUGGAAAAAUGAGGCUGGUGGUGGUAUUCUUGGAACCGCGCAUACUGAGCGUGGUCUUACGUUCAGCUCGGUUUAUAAUUCCGGUCAUGAGAUCCCUCAGUACGUUCCUGGUGCGGCGUACCGGCAGUUGGAGUUCUUGCUUGGGAGGAUUGAAAACCUUCAGCAGAUGGGGUCUUUUACCGCUUUUUAG